GUCGUUAUCAGACCAGAUAGUAAGACAGAAGAUCUCGACUCGACGAGGAGACGGUGGGGAAGUUUCGCGUGCUGAGCAAGGAGCUUCCUGAUCUCUACAUUUAAAGCACAAGCCUCCACAUAAAUAUCGAAGCGUAAAUCAUAUAAGCGGGACUUUUGGAACUUCCUCUCCAUCUUCAUCCCAAAGAAAGACGAAAGGAGGAAGAAGAAGAAGAACCGAAACCAUGAUGAACGCGUUAGAGAUGUGGAGCAACCUCGGCUCGGUCAUGGCCGGGCUGAUGUUCGCGUGGGCGAUGUUCAAGCAGUACUUCCCUCCCCAGCUCCGCGCCCACAUCGAGGCCUAUGCCCAAAAGGCCGUGGGCUACGUCUACCCGUACAUCCACAUCAAGUUCCCGGAGUUCGCCGGCGAGCGGCUCGAGCGGUGCGAGGCCUACGCCGCCAUCCAGAACUACCUGAGCGCCACCGCCACCGCCAGGGCCAAGCGGCUCAAGGCCGAGUCCGUCAAGGACAGCCAGUCGCUGGUGCUCGGCAUGGACGAGAACGAGGAGGUCGUCGACGAAUUCGAAGGGGUCAAGCUCCGGUGGUCGUCGCGCCUGGUCGUCUCCCAGAACUCCACGUUUUCCUUCUACAAUUCGUCUAAAGAUACAAGGUUUUAUAGUCUGACCUUCCACCGGAGCCACCGAGCCUUGAUCACCGGCUCUUACAUAAAGCAAGUCCUGGAGAAGGGGAAGGCGGUGGCGGCCGACAACCGGCAGCGGAAGCUCUACACCAACAACCUGAGCUCGAACUGGCACUACUACAAGUCGACCAAGUGGAGCCACGUGGCAUUUGAGCACCCCGCGACGUUCGACACCCUGGCGAUGGAGCCGAGCAAGAAGCGGGAGAUCAUGAACGACCUUCUCAAGUUCCGGCGGGGGAAGGAGUACUAUAAGCGUAUCGGCAAGGCGUGGAAGCGCGGCUACCUUCUCUACGGUCCGCCAGGGACUGGCAAGUCCACGAUGAUUGCCGCGAUGGCCAACUUCCUCAACUACGACGUGUACGACCUGGAGCUGACGACGGUCAAGGACAACACGGAGCUGAGGAAGCUGCUGAUCGAGACGUCGGAGAAGUCGAUCAUAGUGAUCGAAGAUAUCGACUGCUCGCUCGACCUGACCGGCCAGAGGAAGACCAAGAAGCAAGAGAAAGAUGAUGACGAAGAGAAAGAAGAUCCCGUCAAGAAAAUGGCAAAAGACAGGGAAGACAGCAAGGACAGCAAGGUCACGCUCUCAGGGCUCCUGAAUUUCAUCGACGGCCUGUGGUCGGCGUGCGGGGGCGAGAGGAUCAUCGUGUUCACAACCAACUUCGUCGAUAAGCUCGACCCGGCCCUGAUCAGGAGAGGGAGGAUGGACAAGCACAUAGAGAUGUCGUAUUGCUGCUUCGAGUCGUUCAAGGUGCUGGCGAGGAAUUACUUGGGCGUCGAGUCGCACCCGCUGUUCACGACGGUGAGGCGGCUGCUGGAGGAGACGAAGAUGGCUCCGGCGGACGUGGCGGAGAACUUGAUGCCCAAGUCGGAUGACGAGGACGAGGAGGCGUGCUUGAAAGGGUUGAUCGGAGAGCUGGAAAAGGCGAAAGAGGACGCCAGGAAGAAAUCCGAAGAAGAAGAAGAAGAAAAAAAGGCCGCUGCUGCGGCCGCAGCAGAAGCAGAAGCAACUGCAGCUACUAGAGCAAUGGCUGAGAAAGAAGGGCAACAGAAAUUGAGUGAAGGUUGUGCUAAAGAAGUGAAAGAGAAUGGCUUCCGUUGACCAAAGUUGAAGGUUGUGUUUCUGGUGAUUCAUGGAUGACGUAAUAUUUUCCCUAUUUCUAUAUAAAGAAUAAUUUUAAUCUUCCAUUAUUUGGGGAAAUUUUGCAA